CAUCGUACUUGAGUCCACCUACUUGAGAGCAUUUAAUAGGCCAUCGUAGCGAGUCUAAAUUCGGGCCAGAUGCUACAUUCAGACAGAUAUAGCGGAGGAAACAACAGUGUCGUUCCUGCAACCUGGAUGAUAUACAUAUAGGCCAACCUGUGCGCUACAUUACGCAUUGUGUUUACGCAUAGUACGCUACGCAUCGUACAGUACGCAUCACACAAAACAAACCUUACAGUGAAGUCCUUAUUAUGCAGUUUAUAUAGGAAUCUCUCAGGAAUGUGUAUUUAUUUGUGCUACUAUGUCUAGAGUAUAAACAGAUGAUAUAUCGUGUGAUAUAUUUGGCCUUUAACUUACCAGGCAAACGUGAUGAUAAUAUAAGAGCAAAAUAGUAGCUACCAACUUAGCACGAGUAAGUUGAAGUUGGCCGAUUUUGGAGAACAACAGUGAUGUCAUCAAUACUGCGUCGUAAAGUUUCAGAAGGCUCGAUGUCUCAGCCGAAGCGCAGGGUGAGGUUUAGCGUUGGGUCCGCUGGGACAAGCGACACGGAUACGGACGAAUCGCCGUGUUCUAGUCCCCUUAUUUCCAGGGAUAAGAUUAUAAGUGAUUUUUACAGUAGGCAACUUAUGCUCGAGACGGAACAGUACAUCAAUGGGAUAUCUUUGUUAUGUUGUCUGGAUAAAUGGGCCCUGUCAGACAGCGAUAACGCAACUAGUCUAAAAGCAUUGGUUGUGGCUGGCUGGUACUAUAUCCUAGGAAGUAAACUCUUGUUGAACAAGUUUCAAAUCACUGAAAAUUACAACGAUAACACAACUUCAACAAGUGUCUCCUCUGAUGACAAUUCCUCCCCACCCGGGACGCCAUGUUAUGAGGAAAACAACAAUAGCGAAGAUGAAUCGGAUACUUCGUCACUAGGCUAUGCUUCAUUAUUCUUAUCACAAAAUGCAACGUCGUCAAUAUAUAACUUUCUACCCGCCCAGGCGGCGGGGACUGUGCUCAAUUUUGCCUCCAUGAAAUGCUUGUUUCAAUUGGACGAUCAACAGAUCGAGUCACCACGCAGCCUCGACCAGGUAGCAAUGGAUGAAUUAGAACAAUACGAUGAAACGCUCGGUCGAAUAGGAGAAUAUAUCGAUACGGACAAAUGGACGAAUUCGAACCUUGCAAAAUGUAUGUGUCUAAAACAGAGUGAGAUUUGCAAAGAGUGUGAAUCCAAUAUGGCAGAACUGUGGUGUCAUCUUGAGUGUGUCUGCGAUAAGGUUGAAGAAGAUGAUGAUUUAUCAGAUAUGUUGGAAAGACUUUAUGAUCCCCAUGACCCUGACACAGGCGAUAUUGACCCAGAUGAUGAAACUAAAUACAAACAAAAGAUGGCUAUUUUGUUUGAGUCAAACCAUGAAGCUCUUCAUUUUGCGCAAACGUUGUUGGGGAUCAUAAAUCGCGUAGUUUGCGUAGGCACUGGUACGUCACGUGACUUAAUUGACCUAUGGCAGUUUAACGCAGCCAUUGAUUGCACUAAUCUCAUUGUUACAACGCUACAAAGCGCUCUUAUUGCUCAACUUGAUUCCUCAACAGGUGACAUUUUAAGUUUUCAGGGAAAUGAAUCUGGUUAUAUGUCGAGUGUAUUUCCAGAGGAUACUGCAUCACGGCGGAAAAGCACAGCGACAAAACCUGAAUUUGCAGACGACAAUGACGACAUACAUAACGAUCACGAAAAUAAUCAAAAAGAACACAUCAGAGAACACGCAAAUGCACUUUUGUUUCUUGGUUUUAUUGACAGGGUGCAAAGAACGGCUGAUAAAAAUAAUCUCCCAGUAUCCCGGGGCCUGACAGAGCUUCAAGACGCCGAGUCUGGGCUUUUAGAGGCUAGCAUCGAGGACGUGGACUAUCGUUACAGUAGCCUUAUACUUGCGACAUUCUAUACGAUGUGCUGUGACGUCAUCAAUGAGGGAGCAACGCUACUAGAGGAGGAUUCUGAUGAUGAAGAAAAUGAAAUAGCAAAAGAGUCAUCAAGUGGCAAUGUGGAAGAUUUACUUCAAAAUAACACCGAUCACAAUGGUGUCAAAGGUACCUUAUGCUGUUCAUCGAGCAGUGACGAUCACUGUUGCGAUAGAGACAAAGAAACGUUAGCUAUAUACGUGGAAGCGAUAGUUAGCAGCAUGAAGGAACACUUGACCCCAGUGUUGAAUCUUGUGAUUCUCUCAAUCAUGAACAAAGUAAAGAAGAUCACAAAGCUUGAGCAUGUGGACGACUACUCCUCAAUGCUAGAAGAGAUAGCAACAACAGCCUUGGAAAACGUCCAAAAACAACCGGAUACGCUUGAUGAUGACGAGGAAGCAGCGAUCGUUCAAGCGUCCGCCGUUAUACAAACAAACGAGGCGAAAUAUAAACAAUUCGUUGACCACAGCUCAUUGGGACUAGACCAUAAUGCAUCGGGACAUCCGUUAUUAUCAGACGACAUAGAACAAUAUGGAGUGGUAAAAAUUGUCCACCAUCUUCAUGUAAAGUUCCACGAAUGGCUACCAAUGAUCAUAGAAGCUGAAAGAAAGAGGGCGUUAGUGCAUGAGGCUGUUUUAUCCAACUGCGACAUGGAUUCAAAAGCAAACGCAGGCGAUUAUAUGAAAAGUAUUUUUGACAAAUACGAAAACCUUGAACUCUGCCUUGCUAGCUUCCAAGAACAGGUAGAUGAAAAUAUACUUCUACGAGGACUGUUCUUUAUUUUUGAUACAUGCUUUAACAAGAAUUUAAAUGACAGAAGCAGUGACACGGAUGGAGAUGUUUUUCCAAGACAAGCCUCGGAUUUGAGUUUGUAAAAGUCAAAAAGAUUUUGCUCAUACGAAUGUCUAAUCAAAAUAUAGGUCAUGAACUGGAGUUUGAGAUAUGUUGAUGUAAAAUGCGAUAGGGUUAAAUUUGUCAACGCCAUAAUUAAUACGCUUAUCUAUUAAUUAAUGGUCAAAUAAUUUUAUGCAUAUAUGUUAUGAACUCAACUUAUCUGUUCAAUAAAUACAUUUUAAUGAGGCUAAAACAUAUCUUACGAUUGGACAUUGACGUCAAGAGUAGAACUUGAUAGGGAUGUUAGAUUACGUUUAUUGGAGAACGUGUUCGUGGACGUGUAGAAUUAUGGUCC